CGCGAGAUUUGACGAGAGGCCGGGGGCACAGGCCGGGGGAACCGAAAACGAUGGCGUGCGUGUGGAAGAUCAAGUCUUUCCUGGCGCCUUGUUCGGCGUCCCUGGGUCCCCAAAUCAAGAGGGCCUUGAGCACGACCCCGUGCAGGCAGCUCAACUCGUCCGAGGGCUGGCUGAGCAAGCUACUGCACGUGCGCAAGAUCGAGCCCGGCAAGGACUCGCACUCCCGGCUGCUGUCCGACACCGAGAUCGUGUACGAGCUGCAGAUUCACGACGUGAAGCCUGACGCCGUCCAGCCCUACCUGCGGGGAUAUGAAUCCUACUGCCAGCUACUACAAAGCAAGGCGCCAGACUGCGAGCUCAUCGGCAGCUGGCAGGUGGUCAUCGGGGACCAGGACCAGUACCUGCACAUCUGGCGCUUCAAGCAGGGCUGGCGCUCCGCGCACGGGUCCAUCAACGUGUGCAACACGGACGCGGACCUGGUGAAGCUGCAUGCGGACGAGGCCAAGCACCUGCGGGCACGCCAGAAUCAGUACAUGCUCCCCUUCAGCUUCUGGGGCAACCCCAAGCCCAAGCACCACGGGGGCAUGUACGAGAUACGCUCCUACGUGCUCAAGCCCGGAACAAUGAUUGAGUGGGGCAACAACUGGGCCAGAGGCAUCAACUUCCGCAGGGCCAAUGCGGUGGCUGGCUUCUUCUCCCAGAUUGGGCAGCUGUACAUGGUGCACCACAUCUGGACGUACAAGGACCUUCAUGCGAGGAAGGAGAUCCGGGAGGACAACUGGAGGAAGCCCGGCUGGGACGAAUGCGUCGCCUACACAGUUCCGCUGAUCCGAGAGAUGAGAUCCCGGUGGAUGCGGCCCACGGACUUCUCUCCACUCAAGUAGUGCUGCCGAUUCGUGCACCAACCCUCCGCCGUGUCGCUACUCCACCGUGGCAAAGCCAAAUCGAGGAAGAGUCGUUGUCUUGUGCGAGUGCAAAGACCUGGGAGCCUUGAGGGAUGCCUUCGUCUACGCCUUGUUUCUCUUGUCUUAGUAAUCCUGCAAUCUUCUACUUGUCCUCGAGUCUUCUACUUGUUGUUAUUCUACUUUUUUCGCUCUUUUAACUGGGGACUUGUUACUUGUUUCUAUACUUGGUAGUAUUCUACUCUUUUCACUCGUUUUUACUGGGUGCACAACUAGAAUGUUCUCUCUGAGUGACUUACAGUUUCUGGUACAAAAGCGCGAAAGUAUUUUUUUUUUCUUUAAUUAUUAUUUAGAAAAUCUACAACCUUAUCUCGCGUCUUGCGUUCUGAAGACUUUUCUUUUUCACAUUUCAUUUAUGGAAGUGAAAACAUCAAUUUUUGGCGGUUUGGACCUCUCGUUAAUGUUUUCUAGGACCUAUACCUUGUUGGGAAAAUUUAGUGUAAAUACUUGUAGCUAUACACAAGCUUUAGUUUAUAAAUAAAAUCUGUUCAAACUGGUA